GUCAAUAGCGUGUAGAUCAACUACACAGAUAGACACUUCAGAAGCCUGACAGUUGGAUAAAGUGUCGGGAAACCAGUUUAUGCGAUUAUCCAUAAUAUUGCUAACUAUGUGAAAUCAGAGUAUGGGCUGAGUGACACUAUAAGAAGAUACUGCUACAUGGACUUUUCUUGAAAAUGGAGAACUUGAAACAAAUUCAGGAUGAGAUUCUCGUGUGUCCAAUGUGUCAUGAGCAAUACAAAGGGCCUAAAGUUCUUCCUUGUCUCCAUAGUUUCUGUCGAUCCUGCCUAACAGAAGAUCUUGAGAAAAUAACAGGAAAGAACCUUAAACCAGAGGAAAAUGCUACUUCGGAAGAAAAUGGAGCAUCAAAAAAUUCCAAGCUCUACAACUGUCCAGUAUGUAAGGCCGACAUACACAUCAGUAUUCCUUCCGGCAACAAUAAUACGGACCAAUGGGCUGAUCUCUUCCCCGACAAUAACUUCAUACAAAACAUGAUAGAGAAAAUAGAGAUGCUUACGGAAAAUAAGAACUGCGAGUCGUGUACCCGCGAAGAUAACCAGGACCAAGCAAAGGCAGAGGUAUGGUGCCAGACCUGUAAAGUGGCUUUUUGCGAAGCAUGUAUAAAAGCUCAUAACAUCAUUAAGGCUUGCAGGGAACAUCAGGUGAUGCCCCUCAACAACAUGCGUCAAGAUCCGAUAGAGAGUAUUAAAGAGAACAAAAAGGAAAUUGCUUGUCCUUACCACAGGGAGAAGAUAAUAGAGUAUUACUGUGUAGACUGUCAUGUGACUAUCUGCUCUUCCUGCGUUGCAAUGCAACACAGACGAUGUGAGAUAGUUGAAACAAUCAGAGAAGCCGUGCAGAAGCUGGCACCCGAAAAGGAUUACAUUACAAAGGAUAUAGAAGUCCAGUCAAAAGUUCUAGAGGAAUGGGAAAAAGAACAUAUCAGAGAACUUUCCGAACUCAAGACAAACAAAGAGAAUCUGAUCAAAGAAAUGUCAGGUCUUCGCAAAAAAGUCAACGAAGUUUUGUUGAAUUUGGAGAACAAACUCGUGGAUACCUUGGACCAGAAGCACAAAGAUACAAUUGUGGAGGUUAACGAUCGUUUGAAAGAUGUGGAAGAAAUGAAGAAAACUUUGAUGAACACAUCGAGGUUCAUGAAAUAUUUGACAGAAUUUGGAAGUGAUUCGGAAUUGGUGUCUGUUUUUGACGUGAUCAAGGUGCAAACAGACGACAUGAGAUCAACAAUUCAAAAGGCGAAAACAAACAAACUGAACACCAGAUUCAAGCUUGCAAUCGACCCUGCUAUACAAAGAGUCCUAGAAAUGAAAUCUUUAGGAAAGAUCGUCGAUAUGGUAGAUCUGAAUGCAAACGGGCUUAAGAAUUACCAACCUGUGGAAAGAAGUUCUUCUAUCAAGCGAACUGGAACAUUCCGUGUGGAAAAGCCUGUACCACCCCCUUCUUCAUUACAUUCAAGUUCAUCUGCUUCUUCAACGUCUAACGAAUCCAUAAGUUCACAAGAAAUGGCACCAACUAGACCAAGGAGGAAUCAGCCCAUAAAGCCAAGUUUGCGUGAAAGUAUGGGAAUCAAAACUCCAAGACCUUCUGAAACUCCGUCUGCUGGCAGUGGCAGGAAAACUCCUCCAGUACGAUCAGGUACGAUGCCAAGAACGAUCAGAGUGCAAAGACCCCCGAGUGUUACCAGAACAAAAUCAUCAGGGGGAUUGGAAGCAGUAAAGGAAAAGAAUGGCAUUACAAAUAUUCGAGCUACCACGCCUUCAAACGUUCGGGACCGUCCAACUACUCCAUCUGCAAGGUUGUCGGGAGUUCUCUCCCCACGCACUGCUAGGAAAGAGGCUCCUCAACCUCCACCUCGUCCAAAAUCGGCAGGGCGACAGAGUUCUACAGUCAAAACGCCAUCAAAAGAAGAAAUACCCAUAGAUGAUCAAAGCAAAAAGAAAUCAACAGAAGAUAUCAAACAACAGUCGCCUCCCAAAUCAAAAGGUCUACCUUUAAUGUUUACGUUUAAUGGAAGAACUGACGGAGAUGCUAAAAAGUGCUGGCCACUAGAUGUAGCUGUUCUAGAAGAUGGAACUCCUGUCAUAACAGACUUCCAUAAUAAGAAAAUCAAAGCCUUUGAUGCUACGGGAACCGUUAUGGGAGAGAGUGCUGUCCCAAGCUGGCCUCAUGGUCUUGUCGAUGUGUCUAGCUGUGAGUUAGCUGUGACACUACCAGAAUUAUCUACAAUCAUGUUCGUGGUUGUUCAGGAAACAAGCAUGCGCAUAAGGAAAAGAAUCAGAACAAGCAAACAGUAUCGCGGAGUGAGUUGUGACGCAAUCACAUGUCCUGGAAAUCCAUCACUUGUUGUCACGUGCUGUGCAGCAGGAAUGCAGUGUGUCGAUGUUUUAACACUAGACGGCGUUUUAAUUCAAACAUACCGGGAUGAUUACAGACACAAGGGUCAGCUACUGUUUACAUGGCCUUACUACGUUACGUGCAAUACACAAGGUGAAGUUGUUGUUUCGGACUGCCAAUCAAAAAACGGUAUUAUAUGCUUAUAUCGGGAUGGAAAGGUUCGAUAUGAGGCUAAUCUAAGCCAGGAUGUCAUCAAGGACCCACGCGGAAUCUGUACCGACCGAUUCGGCAACAUAUUUAUUGCUGAUAAAACAGGCAAUACAAUACACUGUCUCGACAAUGAAGGAAAAUACAAGUCUAUUCUAAUCAAUCAAACGGAUGGAUUGCAAAGUCCAAUAGCAGUUUGUCUCAGUCCAUUUGGGCAACUAGUCGUCACGCAAGAAAACGGUGACAUCAAAGUGUACAAACAUAGCUGAAAAAACCAGCAGUUUAUUUACAUAGUUUCAGUCCACAAAAAUAAUUCUAGAUUUUUUAAACUAACAAUUGUAUAUUUUAUUUUUCUGUACCACAUGCGUUUACACUGAAAUAUAGUUGUUAUAUUUAUAUAUAAAAGCAUAACAAAGGCCAAAAUAAAAAAUACCUUUGUUUCCCCUAAAGCGACCGACCCACUUAAAUCGCACCGACUGAAAAAGUUUAUAUAAUAAGAUUAUUCAAAUAUUUUUUUUAUUGUUUAUCAAUU